AUGAAUGACGCAACAAUCCUGGUGGCGACACAUACGAAAAAGUACAAUGUACCAUUGAACCACAUAGAUGAUAAAUAUAUUCAACAGUGUACAGAUGGAAUAGAAUUAGAACAAAUCUAUAAAGAAUUAAUUGGUGGGGACAUAGGUGCACAUCCUCUUCUCGAACAACUAACAUUCGAUCGGAUUCGAAAUGUUCAACCAAAUAGUGACAUCGUCCAGCACGAUAGAAGUUCAUCCGAGAGAUCACUACAAAGUAAUAAUCAUAAUACCGUUCCGUCGAUAUCUGUGAUGUCAAAUGAAAAUCAACAAACUGUACCGAAAAGCGCUGAUUAUUGGGAAAAUCACACACAAAAUGUUGCCAUUGAAUUUAGCAGUGAUGAUGAAAAUGAGUUAACUAAAAACGAAUCUAAUCCAACUAAUAAACGUCUUCAUCUUGCUCGACAAUAUUUUCUCAAUGCAAACACUGCAUGCCUGUCUGGUAAUUAUCAACAUGCAGUUGAUUUAUAUACCAAAAGUCUGGCAGUAAACGAAAAUGUUAUGGUGUUUUUCAAUCGAGCACUUACAUAUGCAAAAAUGAAUGAUUACGACGGAUCGAUUCGAGAUUGUUUCCAGAUUUUAACAAUUGAUCCGAACCAUGUAAAUGCUUUAUAUCAACGCGCACUAUGUUAUUGUGCUAAGCAACAAUACGAGGAGGCCGAAGAUGAUGUCGAAUCUUUGCGAAUUAUUGAUUCACAAAGCCGAGAAGCAAAAGAAUUAUCACAAAUAAUUACAACUAUCAAGCAUAUGAACAACGGUCAAAAUACUCCUUUAGAAUUGUACACUCAUACCCAGUCCUUGCUGAAGACAUCUUUGAACAUUGACGACGAAUUGAAGAAUAAUAGGAGGACACAAACAACCGAUGAAACAAUGUCACCCACCUUCAAUAAUAUUCCGUAUACAUCUCUUUCACAAUCGUCUUCUCCAAUUCAAUUUGAAGAUCCAAAUACCGAUCAGUUCCAAACUUCAACUCUCAACGAUGAUGAUGACGACAUGGCGCUAGGCUUUGAAGCUGGUAUUGGCAUAUCAACGAACAUCAGUGAUGAAGACGGGCGUGUCUCGCCGCAAAUGGAUGAUGAUUCUGAUGUACCAGAACUGAUCAAUCAGAAACCGCUCUACACACCUCCAACUACACCGUUAUUAAAAAAAGAUAAUCCACUUGAGCAUGGUAUGGGAUUUUCGAAUCGGUCAAAUUUCCGACGAAAUGCUCUUCUAACAUCGGAUACUUCGGAUCAAACGAAUGACAAUCACUAUGUUUUCAAUGAAAACUAUCAUAAUCCUAAAAUUUCUCCACAAAUUUCAACAUUUCAACACAAUACCAGUUCUUUCAGUCUACUAGACGACACGAAUGAAAUAGCAACAAAACCAUCCACAAUCGACGAGAUCAUCUCAAGCUCAAAUUUCGGUCCUCUUAUUCAAAACUGGCUGUGUGAUCUACUCGUUCAACAAUCCACAGAUCGUCAAUUAACGAUUCACGAUCGACCAUGGACGAAUUCAGUUCGACCAUGGUCACUCAAUAAUAUUCAACAUGAUAUUGAUCGAUUUUCUCGUCUUUACAAUUAUCCGAGUGCUAUCGAAGUUUCGAAAAAGAUGCUUCACAAUGGUCUUCUAGAUUACCAUUACCAUGCAGAAUAUAUUACCGAAGCAUUGGUUGGCUGUGCUGAGUGUUAUCUACAACUCGAAGAUUACACACACGCAAUACAAUAUGCUACGGAAGCUCUACAAUAUAAUCGAACAUAUGGUGAAGCAUUGCUUUGCCGAGCGAAGGCAUUUGAACAAGAAAAAUUACUCCUCUUCAGCUAUGCUGCCUACAUUCGUGUUCCGGCUAGUCAUUUUUGCUACUAUAGAGCCCAACAUGACAUCGAAAGAUUAACAAUUCAAUUGAACUCUACUGAUGGAGACACAUGGCGCGAACAAUUACCCACCAGUCAAGAUGAUGAUGAACUUUUCUUUAUUUAUUUAAAACGUCCCGAACAGUCUUAUGACUGGCAUCAAACGAACGCAGAUCAAUUCUAUCUUGAUGCUUGUUUUGUACUUGCUAUCCGGUGUUACACUCGCUGUAUUGAACUCCAACCCGACGAACCGAAUUCGUAUUUAAAACGCGCGGCGUGUUACUUAAAAGUCUAUGAGGCUAAAAAAGCAAUUGACGAUUGUGAUGUCGUGUUAAAAGAAGAUCCAACGAAUACACUUGCUUUAUAUCGUAAAGCAUUAGCUUACAAGAUCUCUCGUGAUGAUCAAUUAUAUGAAUUAACAUUGAAAGAAUAUUUAAAACUUCAACCAAACAAUCAAAUUGUUUUGACGGAGUAUUACAGUUGUCGACACGAGAAAAUUCCACGGAAGAAACGAAGAAUUCGCAUCCAUUCUUCAUCAUCAAAAAGUGAGAAUGACAAUAAUCUUUCUUACGAAGAUCUCGAACAAAUACGUGAAGAAGACAAUCUUAUGAAUUCACCAAUGGAUCUCGAACACAUCUGUGAUUUAAAACAGCAAUGUUCAGCAAUUCUUCAUUCGUUUCAUUCAAUUGAUUUAACAACGAAGAGAUCUAUUGAAAUUGUGAUCAAUAUCAUUCGGGUAAUGAUUCAAGCUGAACAGACUUAUCGACUAGAACAUCAAUUGAACGAUGUACCAUAUUCUUAUAUCAAAUAUGCGUACGAUAUUCUCCUUCAACUAGCAGCACUUCCACACAUCGAUGUUGUUUUACCGAUGAUUGAUGAUAGUAUUCGAAUAGUACUCGAUGAAGAAUUAGAAUAUUAUUCAUCCGAGUUUGACGAUAGUGAAAAAUUAAACCGGUUAAAAAGUUUUUGA